AUGAACCUUGCAACGACCCGUCCGCCUGCCGUGCCACCAAGCGGCAAGACACAGCCAUGGCACGCGUUUGUCAUGAUGCCGCUUUUCGAGCCUCCAUCAGACGAAGGAGGGGCUGUGUGUUCAGGCCAUAUGCCCAUUUGUCUCUACCAUAUCUCUCCAUACUUCAGAGGUUACCUUUUCCACCUUGUUUUGCCGCGUGUGAUUCGUUCCGUCAUUGUUCUGUCUGCUAACAGGAUUAGCGCAACUGUACGGAGAACUUGA